CCAGGACCACCGGCCGGUCUCCGGAAACUGCGCGCCGUCAGCCGCACGCCGAUCGCGGUCGGUAAACUAACCGGGCCCCGGGAACCGACGUCUCUGCACCGUGGCCGCAGUGUCCGGGCUGCAGGGGGUGGAGGAGCCCGAGCCUCGGAGCUGAGCAUGGAAAACUGCAACCUUCAAGCAAAUGAUACAGCUGAGAAUCUUCGUCGCAUCAAAGAGGAAUAUAAAGAGGCAUUUAUCUUUAUAAAUAAAGGUCUCAGUGCAGACGAAUCGGGUCAAAAAACAGCCGCAAAACAGCAUUACAGACGAGGAAAGGAGCACUUAAAUAAUGGAUUGUGUAUUCCAACCAAUGGCCCAGAAUGUAUUGGUGCAGAGUGGAACACUGCCCGUCAAAUGCAAAAUAAAAUGACAGUGGCACUAAGUAACAUAUGUACACGGUUAACUAAUUUGGAGCAUGUUGAGAAUCCAGCAGCAUCCAAUCAGUCAAACCAGUUGCCUGGAACGUCAGGGUCUAAUUGUCCAAAGUCAGAGUCAAGGAUAUAUCCAGUCCUACCAACACCAUGUGAAGAAAAAUCGUCAAAGUCUCAGUCCGGCUGUCAAUCAUCCACUGUGGCAGUGAGCAGAACUUCAAAUGGAAACUCCUCGUCUGCAACUCCUCAUCUCUCUUCACUGGAUUCCGCGUCCGUAGCUAGUGAGCUGCCCCCUGUAUACACUCCUGAGGCUAUGGAUGGGCACAUGACUCUUUCCUACGGCACGGAAUCUGGCGAGUUUGCUGUUAUAGGUGAUGAGAUUUUUGGGCAAGGAACUCGACCACAUUCACUGGAAUCGUUCGGCAUGGAUGCCUAUGAGCUCAUUAGAAUUGAACAAGGAGUGCAGAUAUUCUACGUAACGUCCGAUGGGCAAGUGAGUGCGCCCUCGUAUCCUGGCUUUCUUCGCAUAGUCACAUUUUCGGAGAAAGACAUUGGGGGUGCAGCACAAAGCACACCACCUCCUUUUCUGCAGGUCUGUGACUGGGUCUAUCCACUGAUCCCCAGUCAGUCUCCUGUGCUGCUGUGUAACAAUGGAGUCUACAUGUUUCCAGAUGUAAUGUCACCAGACCCUGACAUCUAUGUUGGAGUGGUGUUGUCCGCAGAGCUGCAGCCAUCAGACCGCGAACACUUCGAAGAUUUGUUAAAACAAAUGACUUUUUUGAAAAUUCAGGAUCCUGAAGCUUCGGCUAAUGAAAUUAAUUUGAGUGAAACCUUACCGAUGGAUCAUGAAACACAACCAGGUAACCAGGUGAAUGUUCUACCUGAGUGGAGUGAAAAAGCAGCCCGCGGAAUUUUAACAGGUGCUUCGUGGCUGAGUAUGGGUUUAGUUAAAGGUGCUGAAUUCACUGGCAGAGCAAUUCAGAAAGGAGCAUCUAAACUGAGAGAGCACAUUCAGCCUGAAGAUAAACCUGCCACUGUCAGCCCCACUGUGGAAAAGGGACUAAGUGUUGCACGACAGGCAACAGGAGGUGCUGUCAAAGUCAGCCAGUUCUUGGUCAAUGGACUUUGUACCGUUGCCAGUACUAUUGGGAAAGAACUUGCUCCACAUGUAAAGAAGCACGGAAGUAAACUUAUACCAGAAUCUAUAAAAAAAGAUAAUGAUUCAAAAGCGAAAUUUGAUGGUGCACUUGUUGUAGCAGCAAGUGGAGUACAAGGAUUUGCAACUGUCUGGAAUGGUUUGGAAUGUGCAGCGAAGUGCAUAGCUAAGAGUGUUGCAGCUGAGACUGUUCACACAGUGAAACACAAGUAUGGCUCUGCUGCUGGGAAAGUCACAGACAACGCAGUGAACUCAGCCAUCAACGUUGGUGUGACAGCGUUCAACAUCGAGCAUCUGGGCAUCAAAGCCAUUGUUCGGCGCACUGCCAAGGAAACCGGAACCGCUAUCCUUGAUGACUACAAGUUGCAAGAAAAGGCAGGGAAGAAAUGAAUAAUCUCUACUUAAAUUUAGCUGAUGUAACUGUGAAUUCUAACAUGCGAAUAAUAAGUCAUGUUUUGCAGAAUUUUAUUUUCAACUAACAUGCAGGUUGAUCUUGGAGAAUGUACAUCCGAUGGCACUUUGUGUGAAAUAGCAUUAACUUAUUUCUGUGAUUGUCAAGUUGGUUUAAUUUUAACAUGUUAAUAACGCGUGAAGCAUCUAAGACUACUUGUCGUCUCUGAUUAUAAAGUAAAACAGAGACAAAAGAAAUUGCAGCUGCUAGUUUACAAAAACACAAGUGCUGGCAUAACUCGACAGGUCAGGCGGCAUCUCUGGAGAACAUGGAAAGGUAAUGUCAUCCAACUGUAUUCUCUAGAUGUUGCCUGACCCGCUGCCAGAACUAUCUAUUUUUUUGAGAAUAUAUAUUUUGAUUUUCUUUCUUCUUCAGGUUUGGAUCCUGAGUUAGUGUGAAUCAGAACAGGCUAAGAUCCAUAUGGAACUAAUUCAGUACUUAUUCGUUGGACAUGAUAUUUUUUGAGUAGGAAGGAACUGCAGAUGCUGGUUUAAACCAAAGGUAGACACCAAAAGCUGGAGUAUCUCAGUGAGUCAGGCAGCAUCUCUGGAUAAAAGGAAUAGGUGACAUUUCGGGUCGAGACCCUUCAGUCUGAAGAAGCCUGACCUGCUUUGAUAUUUUUUGAUGCGUUUGAAGGUCAAGGAGGUUUAGAGAAGUGUUUUUUUUAAAUCUUUUCCCUGCAUUUGCACCUAAAACUAUGUAUCCAUGGAGGUAUGCUGAUUGAAGACAUAUUUUGAACACAAGCAGCUGUAAUUGAGUGAGAACAUAAUUGAUGUGCAAUUUGUGUAGAGAACAUUUAAGAGUGGGAAUAAACACAAUUAACAGCAGUGGUAGUGAGUUGUGUGGGUAUGUUCCAACUCAACUUGCUGGUGCACCACAGCCUUUCUGAUAUAGCAAAACAAGUUACUGUAAAACAGGUAAAUAACACUUUUACUGACAGCAAAAUUAAUUUUGCCCAUCAGCAACUUGCUCAGCACGGUGGUACCAAGGUACUAUUUUCAAAGUGGUCUGAUGAAGUUGGCUUCAAAUAGUAAACUUUUGUUGAAGAAUUUAACUGAUUUAAUUUAUAAUUGUUUUAAAAGAAAUUGAAGAAAUUUGAUUGUACCAUCUGUAACCUGUAAGAUGGUUCUAGAAUGAAUGAUCAAUUUUAAUCACAUGUAAAUCUGUAUUUUGGGAACUGACCUCAAGUUGCAGACUGGACAAUUGUUCUGCUUCCACAUUAACCUUCCACUUAAAUAACUUGUACUUCAAACUCUCAACAGCAUUAUCUAUCCUCUAUUAAAGUGCCUUUGUCUUUAAUCAUCCUACACAAUGUAGAUGCAUUGUAUAAAUGUUUAUUUAAAUAACACUUACCAAUAUAUUUGACAGGUUUUUCUGUAUACGUAAAGAAUGAUAUCACAAAUCUGUUUGCCUUUGGUAUUAUUAAAGUAAAACAUA